CGCUGGGGAAGCCCAGGGUCUUGUGUCUACGGGCAACGGAGUGUGAGGCGAAGUUGUGCCUCGGGAGUUUUGCCUCCAUUCUCAGAACGGUGGGAGCCAGGGAGACUUGGGAGCGAAAGAGGGGCAGUGUCUGAAAUCGGGUUCUCACACGUUUCCUGGAGCUGCUCGCAGGAUGAACGGACGGGAAGAGGGGUGAUAAUAGGCACAGGGAAGUUGAGUUCUGUAAAGAUCACCUAACUAGCGAGAGGACGGAAGCCCAGAAGUAACGCAGCCCGCUGUCGGCCACCGGAUCCUGGGCUGGGCUGGGCGCUUAGCCCCUGAGAUGUGGAAGCGGUCCCAGGCGUCGCAUGGAGAAGAGUACAAGUGUGAAGUUGGUAGGAAGAGAAGAGAGGAGGCUACUGCAAUAGUCUGGGGUAUGAAUUUUGAGGACGUGGCCAUUGACUUCUCCCAGGAGGAAUGGGGGCUCCUUGAUGAAACUCAGAGACUCCUGUACUGCGAUGUGAUGCUGGAGAACUUUGCACUUGUAGCAUCGCUGGACCUUCACCAGCAACAGAGGCAUGGCAAUCGGGAGAAGCCCUGGAAAAGAGAUGUGGACAGGGCCUCGUGUGUGACAAGCUGCAACUUCUGUGUGUCAGGGCAGCCUUUCACAUGUAGGAAGGUUGGAGAGGACUUCCCAGCGACCUCGGGACAUCUUCAACUCCAGACCAGUCCCAACAGUGAGGAGCCACACCGUGGCAACCAGAGUGGAGAGGCCCUUCACAGCGGAAAAAGUCAGUACAACGGGGGUGAAUGUGAAAAAGUUGCCAGCCACAACCAUGCACUUGAUCAACAUCAGAAUGUUUGCUCUGGAGAAGGGCUUUAUGAGUGUAGCAAAUGUGGGAAAGCCUUCAGCUCAAACUACAGCCUUGUGCAGCACCAACAGAUUCACAGUGGACAAAGGCCAUAUGAGUGUGGUGAAUGUGGGAAAUUCUUGAGCCAAAUCUCUGGCCUUAUUAAAGACUGGAGAAUUCACAGUGAUAAAGAGCCUUAUAGAUGCAGAAAUUGUGGACAGUUUCUUACCCAUAACUUCAGUUUCAUAGAACACUGGAGAAUUCACACUAGAGAAAGAACUUACGAAUGCAGUGAAUGUGGAAAAGUCUUUAUCCACAGAUCUAAACUCAUUCACCAUCAGAGACUACACACUAGAGGAAUGCAUUAUGGGUGUGGUGAAUGUGGGAAAUCGUUCAGCUACAAAUCCAACCUCAUCGAACACCGUAGAGUUCACACUAGAGAAAAGCCUUAUGAGUGUAAUGAAUGUGGGAAAUUCUUUAGACAAAGCUCUAGCCUUUUCCGACACCAGAGAGUUCACACUGGAGAAAGGCCAUAUAAUUGCAGCGAAUGUGGGAAAUCCUUUAGACAAAUUUUUAACCUCAUUCGUCAUGGGAGAAUUCACACUGGAGAAGUGCCUUACAAGUGUAGUGAAUGUGGGAAAUCUUUUAGCUGCAAAUCUGAACUCAUUCAACACCAGAGAAUUCACAGUGGAGAAAGGCCUUAUGAGUGCAGUGAAUGUGGGAAGUUCUUUAGACAGUUCUCUAACCUCAUUCGACACCGGAGUGUUCAUACUGGAGAAAGGCCUUAUGAGUGCAGUGUUUGUGGGAAGUCCUUUAGCCGUAAAUUUAUCCUUAUUCAACAUGAGAGAGUUCACACUGGAGAAAGACCUUAUGAAUGCAGUGAAUGUGGAAAAUCCUUUACCCGAAAAUCUGACCUCAUUCAACACCAGAGGAUUCAUACUGGCACAAGACCUUAUGAGUGCAGCGAAUGUGAGAAAUCUUUUAGGCAACGCUCUGGUCUUAUUCAACACCGGAGAGUUCAUUCUGGAGAAAAGCCGUAUGAGUGUGGGGAGUGUGGGAAAUCCUUUAGCCAAAGUGCUAGCCUUAUUCAACACCAGAGAGUUCACACUGGAGAAAGGCCUUAUGAAUGCAGUGAAUGUGGGAAAACCUUUAGCCAAAGUUCUAGCCUCAUUCAACACCAGAGAGGUCACACUGGUGAAAGGCCUUAUGAGUGCAAUGAAUGUGGGAAGCCCUUUACCCACAAAUCUGACCUCAUUCAACACCAGAGAGUUCACACUGGGGAAAGACCUUAUGAAUGCAGCGAAUGUGGGAAAUCUUUUAGCCGCAAAUCUAACCUCCUUAGACACAGGAGAGUACACACUGGAGAAAACCCUUAAAUGUGAGGAAUGUUAAAAUUCUGUGUAUUAUUGAUGAGUAGCUUUCUAUUCUGUCGAUAAUGACUUUAUCCGUGCAUCUGUUCUGGACCCACAGAUUAUUUCCAGGUUUGGGGUAUUUACAAAUAAAGCUGCUAUGAAUAUUUACAUUCA